AUGCGUUUGUUAGACAAAAAAUUAAAAGACGUGUUCGGCGACUCAGACCGUGACGUGGAGAAGCACGACCUCUCCCAACUGGUGUACCUGGAGGCAGUCCUGAAGGAGAGCAUGAGGAUGUACACGAUCGUGCCGGUGCUGGCCAGGCGGCUGGACAGGAACGUGCAACUGAAGAACUACACGCUAGCAGCUGGUCGGACCUGCUUCUUAUUCCUGUUCGGUAUCCACAAGCACCCCAUGUGGGGGGCAGACGUGGACCAAUUCAACCCCAACCGGUGGAUGGACCCAGCAAGUCUGCCAGACAACUCCAACGCGUUUGCAGCCUUUAGCUUGGGAAGGAGGAUGUGCAUAGGCAAAACCUACGCCUACAUGUCGAUGAAGACAACCCUCUCACAUGUGCUCCGUAAAUACCGCUUCAAGGGUGACCACACACAACUGGAACUCAAAUUGGACGUGAUGCUGAAGCCAGCGUCAGGUUACUACGUCAGCAUUGAGAAACGGCAUUAGAACUAGUCUGUUUUAUUAC